CAUUCAAUACCCAAAUGUUUUGAAGAAGUGCUGGAAGCAUAUCGGUUAUACGAACCUACCUGUGAUCUCUGAAUGGAUUUAUAUGGAAAUGAGAAUUCUCAAAGUUUUAGUUCGUGUCGUCGAUUUUGGGGUAUAUUGUUUCUGUGCUGCGCGGUUAUUGUUGUUAUAAUUUCGUCGCCUAUUGAUAGGUAUUAUAAAAUAAAACCAAUUUUUAGAAAAGAGAAGUAUCUAAGCAUUCGAGAACGCAGUGCAAAUAGUGUAUUCAAAGAGGCCAACUUGCAUGAAAUUGAUAUCUCUGGUCUAAAUUACUUGAAGCCGACAUGUGAAAAUAUUUUGUCAAAUCUAACCGAUGGAAGAUGGAUACGUAAGGCUGAUCUACCCAUAUCUGAUAAUAGUUCUUCAGGCUACUAUAACCCAAUAGGAAAAAAGAUUGGCGAUCGUAUUCAGCAAUAUAGGAAAGAGAAAGGAAUUCAAUCAAAAAUGUGGAGAGACGAUGAAAUCUGUGGUUUUCGUCGGUUACAGACAAAACUCGAAAAUUCGAGUUGGCCGUACGUUGGAAGCUGGUGCAAUGCUAACAGCGAUAAAUCUUGUUGUAGUGACUAUGACUCUGGGAAAUGUGUAGCAGGCAGUUGUAGAUGCACAAGGUGUGUCGACAUGAGACAAAUUCUUCACGCUGAAGUUAGCGAAUGGAUACCUUCCGAUGUCAGAUGCAAGCCACAAAACUACUCUGCUAAAGCUGCAUGCGAAGUAAUUCAGAAAGCAAAUUUGACUGAACUAUAUUUUGUCGGAGAUUCAUUCGCAAGGAAAAUGUUUAGAGCCUUCAUAUUGACAAUCACGGACGAUCGCUGGAAAGGGGCAUUUACAAAAAAUAUGACAAAAGAAAUGAAACAACUUUGCGUUGGAUACGAUCAAUUUUAUUGGCCAGAAUGUCGUUUUAAAGGCACAUCACUCGAUGAUAUAGAAAACACAAAUUUGUUAUGUGGCGGAAAAGGAGAUGCGCCAUUUAACGCCUAUACUUUCAAUUAUUAUAAAGUGAAUAGAUUACAAGAAUUGCUGGCCCUAGUAAAUAAGCUUCAAAAUAAGCCAGGUACUGCAAUAUUACUUAGCGUAGGACUACAUAUGGAUUGUAACUUUAACCACGUAAAACGUAAAUUUCUUCAACACGUUGUCAAUGCCGUGCGGAAUAUCAGUUCAACAAGUCAGACUAAAUCAGAAAAAGGCAGAAAAAUAUUUCGGCCUAAAUUAAUAAUACUACCGCCUGUCUCAGCUGGUCUAUUGAAACCGCCAAUUUAUUUGAAACAACAGGGAAAUGAAAUCUGUGAUAAGUAUGCAUUUGAGUUAGAACUAUUUGCCAGAAAAUAUAAUUUACCAGUUCUCAAUUUCCGAAAAUUGACGAGAAACGUUAUAAGCUUUGAUGGAACUCAUUAUGGCAUGGCGGUCAAUUUAAUGAAGGUUCAGUUUUUGUUGAAUUACCUGGCAUCUACUUAAUAAUAUAAAACUCAUCAAUUAUGAGGAUUAUUUGUUAGGAUAUAUUGUAAUUUAUUCAACUAUAUAUAUAUAUAUUUUUCGCAUUUUUUAUCACAACUCGUGCACUAUAUACAAUAUCCGAUACGUUAAAUAUUCAAUAAACAGAAAUAUGUUUUUGUAAAUAUGGUUCUUUAGUUUAUCGGAAAGUGCGAACGCAGUAAGCUGAUGUAAGAUGUAGUGAUUUCACAAUAUAUAUAGUUAAUUUGAUUUUGACCAAAAGUCGUUGAAAUAUCAUUUUAGUGAUCGAACAGUUUCACAUAUAGAUAUUCUCUACCUUUAGAAUGCAUAGACUAUUAUGUAAAUAA